GCUCGGCGGCCACGUCCCCGCUCCGGGCCGCGGCCGAUGGUGACGGCGAUGGCGGCGGGCGCGCAGAGGGGCGGGCGGUCGCGCUGAGCCGUCGCCAUGCGGCUGUCGUGCAAGGUGGCGGCGGCGCUGCUGGCGCUGGGCAGUUUGCUGCUGCUCUACCUGCUGGCCGGCAGCGCCGCCGCGCCCCCUCGCCCGCCGCCCGCUCCCUCCGCGGCCGCCCGCCCCGCCGCCGCCGCUCCCCUCGGCCGCCGGCAGCCGAGGCUCAGCCGGAGCCCGACGCGGAGGAGCGCGCCCGGGGGCGGACUCGCCGCUGCCAGGAAGCCUGGAGAACAAAAACAUUCAAAAGAGCCUUCAUCUCUACAAUGCAUGCAUCUGGCAGUCGUGGCGUGUGGGGACCGGCUGGAAGAGACUCUCAUCAUGCUGAAAUCAGCAGUUCUCUUCAGCAACAGGAGGCUCUGCUUUCACAUUUUUUCUGAGGAUUCCCUUAAGCCUGAAUUCAACAAGAAAUUACAGGAAUGGCCUUCCUCGUAUACAAAGAAAUUUGAAUACAACAUUUACCCAAUAACCUUCUCAGUAGGAAAUGCUCAGGAAUGGAAAAAGUUAUUCAAACCAUGUGCUGCCCAGCGCCUUUUUCUUCCGGUUAUUUUAAAGGAUGUGGAUUCUCUCCUUUACGUGGACACGGAUGUUCUCUUCCUGAGGCCCAUCGAUGACAUCUGGCACAUCCUGAAAGAAUUCAACUCAACGCAGCUAGCUGCUAUGGCCCCAGAGCACGAAAUACCAAAGAUUGGCUGGUAUAGUCGAUUUGCACGUCACCCGUACUAUGGGACAACUGGAGUCAAUUCUGGAGUGAUGCUAAUGAAUUUAACACGGAUACGCAGCACUCAGUUCAGGAACAGCGUGAUACCGAGUGGUUUGACUUGGGAGGAAAUGUUAUAUCCGUUAUAUCAGAAGUACAAAAAUUACAUUACAUGGGGAGACCAGGAUUUACUAAACAUUAUUUUUUACUUUAACCCAGAGUGCCUCUAUGUCUUUCCAUGUCAGUGGAACUACCGACCUGACCACUGUAUGUACGGAAGUAACUGUAAAGGUGCCGAAGAAGAAGGUGUCUCUAUUCUGCAUGGAAAUAGAGGUGUCUACCAUGAUGAUAAGCAACCUACAUUCAAGGCGCUCUAUGAAGUGAUACGUGAUUUUCCAUUUGAAGACAAUCUCUUCCAGUCUUUGUACUAUCCUCUUCAAUCUAAGUUCCUGGAUACAGUGCACACUUUAUGUGGGAGAAUUCCACAAGUGUUUCUGAAGCAGAUUGAGAAAACUAUGAAGAAGGUGUAUGAAAAUCGUGUCAUUGUCUACCUGGGGGCCAACCACAGAUACUAAAUGGAGUCGCAUUUUUACAUGAGAUUUGCACCUAGGUGGCUUCUCCUAGAUGUCUUAAAGCAUUUAAAUGAAGAAUGUUACCUCUUAAACUCAGACAUAAAAAUCCUUAUUCAAUUUCCUGGUAAGUCUUUGAAACCAUAAAGUCUGAAGGAGUCCCGGAGAUCCACCUAAACUGCCCUUUUGUUCUUUUCCUUCUUGUCUUUUUUCCUUCUUUUUGGUUGCAACAGGGAGAGCUGAUGGUUCUCACUUUUGUUGAUGAGUUUACUUGGGUUGUUUGUCUAAGAACAGCAAUAUUCACUAUCACUUCUUUUAAACUGUGCAGAAGUUCAUUCUGAACUUGGACUCACCAAAGAAGUGGCAGUUUGAGCUGUUUCAUAGGUAUGGAAUAUAACUUCAAAUGACAGGGCAAGCAUUUUUGUUUCCAAGUGCUUGAGGUAUGAACGUGUUUGUGACAUCCAUAAGAGUGAUGUGUGAAAGAUACAAUGGCAAACUGCAUUGCUACAGAGUCAUCUGAGCCAGAAGGUGUUAAGAGAGGGAGCCUUGUGUCUUGGUUUUAGCAGCUUCAGUGCAGGCCUGUGCUGGUCCUAAACGGCACAACAGACAAACAGAAAUGUCUGUUGUUAGCACCUCUGUGCUGCAAAUUCCAGUCAACAGUUUGUGCUUGUUCUGUGACUCAGAUGUUAUCUUACAGGCUUUGCCCCGUAGGUGUAAAUGGACUGGUAAAGGACAGAGGCACUGCUGCAUUUAUUUUGGUGGACAGCCUGGAGUUUCAUUAUGGGAAGAGCUGAAGUGUAGAUGUUACCCUCUGCCACGACUUGCCUUAUUUUCUAUUUCAAUUGAAGCUUUAGUUGCAGCUUAAGAAACCAACAACGCUGUUUCUGGUUACAAAUAAGUUUGAAAAUGUAACCCAAACUAACCUGCAAAAACCAGAAGGCAAUGAAUGGAAAACUCAGCAUGCCAUUUUGAGAAGUUUAUGAUAAUGUAAGCCUAUGAUAAGAGGUAAGCCUUUAAAGAUAGCAGUAAGAACAUACAGAAGUCCUGGUUUGCCUUCCUAAAUUUUCAGAUACCAGAGUAAAGCUGACUGUAGGUCAAACGAGGAUAGAUGAGAUGCCUGCUGGCCACUCUGAAUCCCUCAUUUCCAUGGUGUCUGUAAGCCACAGAAAGCUGCAGAGCAAAAGCCUUGUUGCCCACACAGUGUAGCUGUGGUGCAGGUCAGAAGUUCAGAAAGCUGUGACUGUAAGCUAUGAUUCAGCAGAACCCUUCAACUGGUGGGCACAAUAAAAUGAAGGAAUGGAAUUCAUUACAAAACAAAGGCAUUAUUACAUGUAAAACGUUUAGGGAUCAAAACAGUGCUUUACACGUUUACAGGAGGUGCCAAGUUAUUUUCAGAAAGAGCUAUUAAAAUACAUGAAGUUUAUGCUUUAACAUGAAGACUCCUGUUAGUAUAAGAACAACUUGCCAGAAGAAUGGGAGAGUUCUCCCCACUGUGCUUUUUGGGAGGGAAGCUGUAAUGUGAGCCCUCCAAAAUGUAUUACAAGAAUUAACUUUGAUUUUGUUGUUGCUGGAAUUAUUAAUUUAUAUUCUAUUACAGCUUCCAAAACCAUAUUGUAUUUGAUUUUAACAGUAGUUGGCUCUAAUAUUAAUCUUAUUUAGGAACCAAUUUUCAUUUAUUUCAUAUUUUGUACUUGUGGCUAAUUCACGUAAAUUAGCCGUCAUUUAUUUCAGUAAUGGGGUGUGUAAAUACUUAGAUGGGCCUUGUAUCCUCUUUUCCCCUUUCUUUCAUAUUUUACUUAUUUCCAGUGCUGCAUUGCACUGAGCAGUGCCCUUGCAAUGUAGAAGGGAAAACCAAAAUCAUUUCCUGUAGAUCGGUACUGUCUGCAACAUGCUGAAUGCGUUGCUAACAAGGAAUCUUUCACACUGACAAAGCAGCAGCAGGGUGCAGCCCAAAGAGCCGCGUCCAGGUUGUGUGAAGGUGAGCCCUAACCCAGCACCAUGCGGUACUCUGAAUUCUGUGUCUAGUCGAUAGGCCUCAUAUGCAGUGCGUAAAGUUAAGUGUGUAACCAAGACCUUGCUGUAUCAGCGUCAAAUAUUCAGGUUUUACUUUUGCUAUGUUAUACUUGAACUUGCUGAAGGUAGAUAAGUAGGGGCUUUUGUUAAGAGCUGCUGAGCACCUCCUUUUAGCCCGAAGCCAUUUAAGAAAAGCAUCAGGUUACAAAUGCAUGUUGUAAAACAAAGAACCACAGAGUAGGAAGCACUUGGUUGUGUUUCUGAAAGGUGAGAGUUCUCCUAGUUAACUUGCCUGUACAUUACAAAGUGGGCUUAGAUAGCUUUGCUAUCAUUUCUUUUUCUUACAAGUGGAAACUGGAAACUGCUCUGUGAGUGUAUGCGUGUGUACACCUACACAACAGCGGUGUAAGGAACUAUGUAGCUUUCCUGUAUCGUUUAAUUCUUGUGUAUUAUUGUUUGACAAGUGCACCAAUGGUUUAUAGCUCCCAAGGAGGCAUAGCAGUGCAUUUCUGUGUUAAGAUCCUCUGGCUUAAAGUACAAAUAAAUGAAAUUUUAAGCAAGCUCU